CUUCUCGCCUYUUAUGCACAAGCUUGCCCUAUUUAAAGUGGACCAGCGUCUGCUUUCGCUUUUUUCCUCUAAAUAAUCGAACGGAUCUUCUUGUCUUCGGCUCUGGAAGCUUUUUAAAGUUUGACUCAUGGAUCCUCAACCUGAACCAGUCAGCUACAUCUGUGGAGAUUGUGGAAUGGAGAAUACCCUGAAGCAGGGUGAUGUUAUACAAUGCCGAGAGUGUGGUUAUCGUAUUCUCUACAAGAAGCGCACCCGUCGCAUUGUUCAGUAUGAGGCCCGCUGAAAUGGGGGUUGGAGAAGUUAUAGUAUCAUUGAAUAUUUUGCAAGUCUCUUAUAGAAAGACAGAAAAUGAACUUGAUGUCGCUUAAAGACUUCACUGUAAUACAAACAUGACAUUGCCGUGGCUUUAAUGUGACUGAAUGUUGCCCUUUCAAGUGCCUUUAUCAUCAUAAGAUAUGUUUAUGUCUUAACUGAUAAUAUGAAUGGUCCAUCCCUUGAUUAGAUGGGAAGGUUAACAUUUGCAUUUCAAUAUCAGCUCAGCUAGCCCCUUCAUAUU